AUGGUCGUAGUAGCGGCUCCGGACUUCUGGUCCAAUCUAGCCGACAAGGCUCCUUCUAUACCAUCGGUCAAAUCAGUCCUACUUGGUGGCUCCCAAGUCAUCUUAGGCGCUCAGUCUUACUUUGGUGGCCUCGACGUCGGCAACGCACCGUCCUGCUCCAAUCCUCAAUUGAGCUGUCACAACACCUCGGUUGUUGAGGACCUGUGCUGUUUUAAUUACCCCGGCGGCCAAAUGCUGCAAACUCAGUUCUGGGAUACGAAUCCACCCACUGGCCCUGAUGAUGCUUGGACCAUACACGGCCUAUGGCCUGACCGAUGCGAUGGCACUUACGAAGCCAAUUGUGACGACAGCCGCGCAUACCACAACAUUAGGGACAUUCUCGAAUCCUUUGGUGCUACCGACCUCCUCUCGAACAUGACAAUGUAUUGGAAAGAUUACAAAGGCAACGAUGAGACUCUGUGGAUGCACGAAUGGAGUAAACACGGCACUUGUGUCUCCACUCUCAACCCUGACUGCUACUCCUCAUACCGUAGCAAAGAAGAAGUCGUCGAUUACUUUGCCGCCGCUGUGUCGCUCUACACCCAGCGCCCUACAUACCAAUGGCUCUUGGAAGCCGGUAUCGAGCCAAGCACUUCAAAAUCAUACACAAGAGACCAGAUUCAAACUGCCCUGAGCUCGAAACACGGCCGUCCAGUCACACUGGGUUGCAAGGGUGGUAAGCUGGACGAGGUCUGGUACCACUUCGAGGUCCGCGGCAGUGUCCAGACUGGUGUCUUUGAAGCAGCUGAUCCAGAUGGCGGCAAGAGCACAUGCCCAUACAGCGGGAUUCGCUAUCCACCCAAAGCAGCCCGAGGAGGGCGUCCUGCACCAACUCAUACUCGUACUCGUACCCAUGUUCCUGAGCCAACAGGGCCCGCUUUCAGCGGCAGAGGUAACUUGAUUGCCAAAACCGGUGGUAGAAGCAAGGGCUGCAUCAUCUCAGGUGGCUCCUGGUACGACACUAGAAGUUGCGCGCGAUUCCAUGCCACUCAGGAAGAGGAAGGCGGCUUUAGCCUCGAGAGCUCCAAGGGCAAGUGCGCGGUCGUCGACAAUAUAUUCCGCUGUUCAUCAGACAUCUCAGAAGCCACCGUCUUCAGCGGGAGCGACGAUGACACUCUGACUUUCUAUGCCGACGAAGUACCGUACCGCUUCAACAAGAUCGAUAUUUAUGUCGACAAAGAAGGCCAUGGCACUGAAUUGACGGUGGAAUGGCAAGCCGCUUAG